AUGAUAUUUUUACAGUUAGUAUUAGUCUUAAUCGUUCCAUCACCUUUGCAUGGGGGUUGUAAAGACAAUAAAAACCAAAGUAGAGUCGAAAAUUUAUCUCAAUUUAAAUGUGAAAAAAAAAAGGGGGGAUAUUUGAGUGAUACAACUUUGUUAGAAACAUAUGAAGAAGCUGUGCAAUCCUAUUUGAAUGAAGAUUGGAAUGGUUGCAUUCAAGGAUUUCUCAAUUUCAUGUCUAAGUAUAAAAAUUAUAAAAAUGCAGUAGUGAUGUGUCGAAGAAAAUGUCGCAUUGAAUCGAAUACAAAUAUACCAAUGUUUGGUGAAAAUAUUGAAGAUUUACAUUUCUAUGAAAAAAGCAUAAAGCAAACUUUAUGUAUUCUAAAAUGUAACCAGGAAUAUCGAGUUCAUGCAGGACAAAAUGCUCUCAAAAGACUUUCACAAAAACAGGAAUCCAAAAUAAUAUUUGCAGAAUAUUAUGAAUAUUUGCAUAUUUGCUAUUUUCAGAGAAAUAAUUAUCAAGAAGCUGCCAAUGCAAUUUUUACUUAUUUAAUAUAUCAUCCUGAUCAUAAACCUAGUAAAUCCAACCUUGCAUUUUAUAUGAAACAUCCAGAAGUUAAAAAUAAUAUGAUACGUAAUCUUCAUACAGAGCCCUUUAUUAAUGAUUAUAUAAAAGGAAUAAAAGCAUAUAAAAAAGAACAUUAUGAUAAUGCAGUUGCAAGUUUUGAAAAUUCGAUAAUAUCUUAUAUUGAAUCGGAGGAAUCGUGCAGAUUUUAUUGUGAAGGUCCACUUGACUAUGAUUGGAACCCUGAGUUUAUUACAGCUUUUUCAAAUCAUUUCGUAUACAAUUUGCAUUGUAAACGUCGUUGUGCGCGAUUUUUGCAAAGUCUGAAUGGUGAAUAUCAACAAGAUUUUCUAGCAAAUCAUUUCAAUUACUUACAAUUUUCUUAUUAUCAACUUCAUGACAUAAAAAUGGCGUGUGAAGCAGUAGCCAGUUAUUUAUUAUUUUAUCCAGCUGAUGAAACAAUGUUGAGUAACAAAGAUUAUUAUGCAUCAUUACCAAUGAUAAAGCAAAAUGACUUCAGACCAAGACAAGACAUUCUUGCUUAUGUGUCAAGGCAAGAGUAUGAAAAACGUCUUCUUUUAUACAUUCACAAAGAAUUCACUACUUUCGAAAAUAAUCUUUUUGCUUCAGAAUCUGCAUCUAAUCAACAAAAACAAAAACAAAAGUAAAAUAAGCAAUA